AUUUCUCGAUGUGAAUAAGAAAUGACUGAAUUUCCAUGAAAAUGAUAAUAGAAACACUUAAAUGGCGCCUUAGUUGAGGUUCCACCUUUUCUUGUGUCUACAUUUUCAGUUCUCUUUCUGUUCUCUUUCUUUUUCUUUUUCUCUUUCUUUUUUGUUCUUUUCUCUUUUUGUCUCUCUUUCUCUCUGUGUUGAUUUUUUCUUCUCUCGAUUCUGUUCAUUUGAAUUGUGUCUUUUUUUUUUCUCUCUCUCUCUCUGUCACUUACACAUUUAAAUUUCCAUUAGUUAGUUACCUAAUUAACCAUAAUCAUCGACUUAAAGUUAAUCAUCAACAUCUUAGUUUCUUUUCUAAUUCUUUUUUCUUUUUUUUCUUUCCCAUAUUCCUCAGUCUUAUUGGCUCUCUCUUUGCAUAAUUUUCUCUUUCUCUCACUUUGAUGUUUUUACUCUUUUUCAUUCUCUUUCAUUCUCUCUUUUCCUCUCUUUCUUCUGACUCUUUUGUUUUGUUUUAGUUUUAGUUUUUUUUUGCUCUUCCAUCAUCAUCUUAUUACCAUGAAUUCAGUGUUGAUUUUCUAUUCUCUUUCAAUGGAAUCAAACCUUCACUCCAAAGGAAUCAACAUUGUAAACAAAAGACCAAACGUUUCAUCUUCUUCAUGAUUUCAUAUAUAAUUUCCAGUAUAGGAAGGUUUCCAAUGGAAAAAUAACCCCAGACCCGACUAGUGGCGUGAUUUUAUUGAAAAGCGCGAUUUAUGAACAACAAACUUGAUGAUUAAAGAGAUAUAUAAAUAGAUAAAGAACUCAAAAUCCAAAUAACAACGCGCACCAUUUUCGCCUUUCUCUCUCAAAGCUCUUUUUUCUCUCUCUCUCUCUCUCGCUCUUUGUCUUUCUUUUCUUCUUUCUUUCUUUAAAGGCUUCUUAAGAACUAACCAUCAAAGUAACACAUUGAUACUUUUGCUGUUUAAUCAUCAACAUUAACCACUAAUUAACAGUAUAAUUGUGGAUAACAAAACAUCAAACACUUUACAUCGGUGAUAUUGUGCCAAUCGGAAAAAGAAAUCUCCAAAAUGAUCUAAAAUCAAGACGUAAAUCCUCAUUCUCAUCCUCAACUCUCUUUCUCUCUCACCAUCAUCCUGAUUUUAAUUCAAUUUUAAUUUAAUUUAAUGUUCAUUUUAAUUCUACAAAAUUAAAAACCAACGAUCUACUAAUGUAGAUGAUUAACUUUCAAUUUUAACCUUCACUUUUAAUUGUAUUCAAUACUAAUCUUUGUCUUCAUUUGUUAUUUUUUUUCAAAGUUUGUUUGUGAAAGUUAAUUGUUGUUAAUCAAUAUGCUAAUUCAACUUAGAUCAGUUCCUGAUUGAAUUGAAUGAAUUAUGAUUUCUUUGACUCGCCAUUCAAAUACAAGUUUAAUUAAUGAAUUCAAUAUACAAUUCAACUACAAAUAUUUUUGUUUUUUAUUUUUUAUUUUACUUUAAUUUAAAUAUUAAGUAACUUUAUAGUUGAAUUUAUUAAUUCAGAAUCAUAAACAUCUUGUUGGAUCAAGUUCAGUUCAAUCGGGAUACACUUUUACAGUUGCUGGAUCAAUUAGAUCACCAUUGAAAUGGAAAAAUUUGGUCCAUUCUAAACAAGAAGUUUCAGAUGAUAGAAAUUGGUAUUUUAAAUGAGAAUUGUAAUCUUCGAUUCCAAGCUUAAAAUUGACAAGAUGUUGACACCAACUAAUCCAAGGUUUAUUGAAUAAAUCUUUUGAGCCUUUAAAGGUAGGAUUAAUCAAAUGGUAUUUAACGAACAAAUCAUUUCUUCGUUUUUCUUCGUAAAUGUUAUCAGGAAAAGUGUGGAUGUAAAGUGUUUGAUGUUUUGUUAUCCACAAUUAUACUGUUAAUUAGUGGUUAAUGUUGAUGAUUAAACAGCAAAAGUAUCAAUGUGUUACUUUGAUGGUUAGUUCUUAAGAAGCCUUUAAAGAAAGAAAGAAGAAAAGAAAGACAAAGAGCGAGAGAGAGAGAGAGAGAAAAAAGAGCUUUGAGAGAGAAAGGCGAAAAUGGUGCGCGUUGUUAUUUGGAUUUUGAGUUCUUUAUCUAUUUAUAUAUCUCUUUAAUCAUCAAGUUUGUUGUUCAUAAAUCGCGCUUUUCAAUAAAAUCACGCCACUAGUCGGGUCUGGGGUUAUUUUUCCAUUGGAAACCUUCCUAUACUGGUUUUCAUUCUCUUUCAUUCUCUCUUUUCCUCUCUUUCUUCUGACUCUUUUGUUUUGUUUUAGUUUUAGUUUUUUUUUGCUCUUCCAUCAUCAUCUUAUUACCAUGAAUUCAGUGUUGAUUUUCUAUUCUCUUUCAAUGGAAUCAAACCUUCACUCCAAAGGAAUCAACAUUGUAAACAAAAGACCAAACGUUUCAUCUUCUUCAUGAUUUCUUUCUCUAUUUUCACCAUCUUUUCUUCUUGUUUAUGUCAAUCUCGUCUUCUUCUUUUUCCCUUUCUUAUUGUUAAUUACAUGAGAUAAAUGUUUAUCUACAGUUAAUUACAUGUUCGAUAAACUGUUGUCACCCAUUGAUAGACAGAUUUUAGAGACAAAUACACAUCCAAGAUUAUAAAAGAAACAGUGAUUGCUUGAGAUUACCACUAAUCCUUGAAAAUACGAAACAAAAAUAAGAAAUAUUACAGAAUCUGGUCUCUGUAUUACUACAAGAUAAACCCAUUAAAUUGUGUCAUCAUUAUUUGUGGACGGUGAUAUUGAUUUAACCUUAAUCUCGAUCUGUUGGUAUUGCUCAUUUUUCGCUGAGCUGCAAAAACAAUCAACUUGGAAUCAUUUCUCUAGCCCUAACCUAUUUUCUGGUUUCACUGAUUACCCAUUUAUUAUGGAUAAUUUAUUUCCUCAAUCACUAUCUUCUAAACAAUUAAUUUCCUGCCUGUAACAACAACAACAACAUUACCUGUGACCCUUUAAAAUCCAAUCCAAUCAAUCUGGAUAAUCUACCUUCUUUAUUUACCAUCCAAUGUAAAUAAUCUGGAUAUUUUUUGAUUGUAUUACGAUUGAAAGUAUCUUGCAAUCUAAACCAAAUAACCAACUCAGUAUUACUAAAUUAUAUUACAAUUAGAUCUGAAUUAUCAUCAUCACCAUUUGGACACAACACCUCAAGUGCUCAAUUCUCAUAUGCUUUGCUCCAUUCAUAACAUAAAAAUCCAUUAACUUAAUUACUCUCACACACAUAUAUAAUAUUUUAUAUUCAUCAAGCAACAAUCAACAGUAUUCAUCGAUCUAUAUCUUCGUCAUAAUAAAGAUCUAAAGAAAAUAACAACAAUCAACCAAGAGAAAUCAAAAAAGGACACCAAUCAUCAUGAGUGAAUUGAAGAGUUUGUUCAAAUUUUCAUCUAAAAAGGAUCUCACAUGUGAUUUUAAAAGUACAAUUAAACUUCUGGAUGACGAGGAAGUACUUGAAUGUGAUUUUACCAAAGAGCAUAAAGGACAACAUUUACUCGAUUAUUGUUAUAAGAAUCUAAAUCUAUUGGAAAAAGAUUAUUUUGGUCUUCGAUAUGUUGAUCAAAAGCAGCAAAGGAAUUGGCUUGAUCCAAGUCGAUAUAUUCUAAAGCAAGUUAAAGGAUUAAGCCCGAUUGUUUUCUGUUUUAGAGUUAAAUUCUAUCCAGCUGAUCCAAUUAGAUUGAAAGAAGAAGUUACCAGAUAUUUUAUCUUCAUGCAAUUGAGACGUGAUCUACUUCAUGGGCGACUUCAAUGUUCCUCGAAUGAACUUCCAAUUCUAAUGGCUUACAUAAUACAAUCCGAAUUGGGGGAUUAUGAUCCUCAAGAACAUGGAGAGAAUUAUAUUUCCAGCUUCAAAUUAGUUCCAAACCAAACGGCGAAACUUGAGAAAACCGUCUGGGAGAUUCACAUGAAAGACAUGAGAGGAUUAACUCCAGCUGAUGCUGAGCUCAAUUUCAUCAAGAAAGCAUCAACCCUGGAAACCUAUGGUAUCGACCCACAUCCCGUUAAAGAUCAUAAAGGUAAACAAUUAUACCUUGGAAUCAAUUAUAAUGGGAUUACAACAUUUCAAGGAAAUCGUCGAAUUCAAAGCUUUAAAUGGAAUGAAAUUCAAAAGCUCACCUAUGAAGGAAGAAUGUUCAUCGUCCAUGCAUCAACUAAUGAUAAAAAGAAACAUCUAGUUGGGUUUAAAUGUCCAAACACUUCGGCCUGUCAUUUCCUCUGGAGAUGUGCAGUUGAACAGCGAUACUUUUUCACAAUGAACUCUUCAAAUGAUAUACCUUUGGUUACCACUGGAGGUGGGCUAUUUAAAACAUGCAAAUUAAGAUACACGGGUCGAGUUGAAAAAGAAAUAAUCAAUGACAUGAAAGGAAUCGAUCGGAAGGAAGCGACUAUCCAACGAAGCUAUUCAACAGCAUCCGCACCUCCUCACAUCCGAACUAUCGGUCGUUCAAGUACUGCACCAAUUACUACCUCUGAACAGGAUCGAGAACACGAAUCUCCUAAUCGAGAAUCAAAUUUCAAUGGGAAAGAUCCUUAUUGGAACUAUUCUACUUUCUCGGAACCAGAGGAAAAUCAUGUAACCUCUUCACCCCAUGCUUUGGAUCCUUUCGACGAGGAAGAGUGGGACACUUCAAUGACGUCCACUCUUCCCACUGAGUUUGACUUGAGGCCUGAUAUUACGCCCACCGAUGAAGAAAGUCGUUCUAUGGCAUUCGAAAUUCCUGCUGUUCGAUCUUCUCCGUCUGCGAAUCUUUUCAAGAAAAAUGGUACUGGCGAGGGUGGAGAUGAUACCACGGGAGAUGAUGAAGAGAUAGAACAUGAUGACGAUGAUCUUGGUGAUCAUCAUAAUGAAAAUAACAUUGACCAGGGAAGCUCAGGGUGUGGAACUAGUGGCGAUGGGAAAAAGUUGAUUAAACCAUUGAUCAAAUUAUCUACACCCAAUUCUGAGGAUGAUAAAAACGCUGAGGAAAAUCCAUUCGAUCCACUAGGCUCGUGUCGACCGUGUUGCAAUCUACUACACUUACGGACUUUCAUGUUAACAGCAUUAUUGUUACUCUUGUUCGCCUCGUGCCUUGUUGUGUUGGUCAUCGAAUCGGAGUCCGAUAUGUUUGGACCUUUACGAAAAACCCCUGAAAUGGUCAUUCUUCGUCGAGAUUAUUAUGAGCCAAUGAAGAGAAAUUUUAUGAGAAAAUUUAUCAGAUAAGAUUAAUUUUAAUUGUAAACAAUUUAAACGUCCAUUCCUGAUAUAAACCAACAACAACAACAACAACAACAAAGAUCUGACCAAAAAGACUGACCAAUUUGUGAGAAACCAUAACAAUUCAUCCAAGAAAACUAAUUGUGACAAUUAUCAAUCAUUGUAUUCACCUAUGAAUUUAAUUAAGUGAAACUCAAACCAUAUAAACAUGGUUUAAAUUGUAACAAUUAACAAAAAAUUCCGAACCCAAGAAAAAACAAACCUUUAAACAAACUAAUCCAUUCAUGAAAAGCUAACAGAGAAAAAGCCAUUGACGAACAUACAAAACAAUUAACAAUUCUUUAAAUUGAUGUAAUUUCUAAAAGAUAAUCAUCUUAAUCACAAUUUGUACAAUUCUCAUGACCCAAACAAUUAACGAUAAUAUAAACCAAUUGAUAUUGUCUUGA